GCGGCGUGGGAGCCCCGCGAAAAAGCCCCAAGAAGCACAACUUGGGCUGGCGGCGGACCAGGCUGUUGUUGUUCUCAACGUGGUCCGCCCCGUACCCAUAUAAACGGGCGGGCGCUGGCGCCCGCCCUGGCAGAACGUACACUGAGUGCAGUAGAUACGGUGCGUUCGCCGGGUCUCGCUGUCCCCGCCGCCCCGCGACUCCCUGCACCAUGUCGGGUAGAGCUAGAAGAAACGAUCUGCCCCUGACCGAGGCAGAGGAGGCGCCGCUCUCCCCGGAGAAGAAAGCGACUGCUAAGAAAGCGAAAGGAGGCGGCGGCGCCUCGUCGCCAUCGAAGAAAAGGAAGAACAAGAAGAAGAAUCAGCCGGGCAAAUAGCAGCUAGUGGUGGAGACGAUUCGCAAGCUGGGCGAGCGCAAUGGCUCCUCGCUGGCGAAGAUCUAUAAUGAGGCCAAGAAAGUGGCGUGGUUCGACCAGCAGAACGGCAGGACUUACCUGAAGUACUCAAUCAAGGCACUGGUACAGAACGACACACUGCUCCAGGUCAAGGGCACCGGCGCCAAAACGGUUUCCUUCAAGCUCAACAGGAAGAAGCUGGAAGGCAGCAGUGAGGGGGGCGCGGGCAACAGCGCCCACAAGUCCCUCAGGAAGGCGACGGUUUCCUCCACCAGGCGGGCCGAGAAGCCGGCGGCCAAGAGCAAGAAGCCCGAGAAGAAAUCGCACAAGAAGGGAGCCGGCGGCGCGGCGGCGAAGAGGACAAGGGCAAAGCCAAAGAAGGGAACUACGUCCCCCGGGGGCAAGAAGGUGAAGAAGUCGGCAAAGCCCAAGGCGCUCAAGAGCCGGAAAGCAUGAGAUUGAGGCGCCGGGAGACUGCCGCCGGUCCUUGGAUUGAGAGCCCCGCGGCACUGACUGCUUUGAGUACAGACCCUAGGGGACCAGCUUUGUCUUUGUGUUGCUGACUCGUCUCCGCAGCCAGCGCUGUGCGCGGUGAGCGGGGCUGCGACUUCCCCAGCCCUCCCUCCCCUUCUCUGCCUCCUUAUUUUUUUCACCCCUUUUUUCCCCCCCCAUCCUACUCUGCGGCUUUUCCCCGAUCGCGCCCUUUUGUUUUCGGCCGUGCCCCUCCCCGCUGAUAGACGGUUCCCGGCCCCCACCCCCUCCCAAGUGCCCCUGGUUCUUCAGAGGGAUAUUUCCCGCUCGGUUUCCAUAGCAGCCAUGUUGCAUGGGCCCCGCCCGCGCCACGUGGGCCGGUCCCGGUCCCACCGCACGCGCGCGCCCUGCACGGCUCCGCCCCGCCCGCCGCGGGCCCUGCCUGCUCGCGGCGGCACCGAAGGCCCACGGCGGUCCCUGGCGGCCCGCGGCCCCGCCGCCGCGGCAACGGCCUGGCGCGCGGGAGUGACCGUCCCUGGCGGCCGCCGACCGUAUCUGCAAUGGCCUUUAAUGCUUUUUUUAUGGGUCUCGGGGUGGGUGGGUUGGGGAGGGUUUCGGUUAGUGGGGUCUUUUUUUUUUGUUUCAUUUUUUUUUCCUUCUCAUUUAUCGUCGUUUCAAAUAAAUUGGUACAA